CAUCACGUGACAGACACGGGCCGCAAGAUGGCGCCGUCCAGUGAGCUGAGCUGUGAAGUCAGAUGAAUAUCAGAGGUGGAGAGAGAAAUUAAAUCUGCUCUAGCUGUCAGGAACUAUAAAGGAGAAGUCGUGCAACUAAACGAAAGAACAGGAGGCUUGUACUAACUGAAACAAAUAUAAAGAGGCAGGACCCAUGAGACAAAUAGGGACAAGUCCAUGGAGGGCUUUAAAACAAAAAGUGGAUCCUGAAAUGAGCAAAGAGCAUGUGAAGAUGUUUGAGUAUGAGAAUAACAUGGUCUGUUCCAUAUGUGAGCAAGUGGGACCCGCCCUGGCAUUCUGGAGUUUGAAGAGAUCAUAUUUGGAGAAAUCAUAGAGAAGGGAAAGGCAACAGUUGAGGCAAGAGGAGAUAAUGAUAAAAUAGCCCUCAUUACACAUCUACAGGAAUCAAAGCUUUCAACUGAGCUUCAGAAAAUAAAUAAUGAGGAGAAGGCCUCAGGUAUUCUAGUAGUCUCUUUAAUUUUAUUAUUUUGUUUAUUUUUAUAGGCGUUGCAGUAGGAUGAAAGUGAACUUUUACUAAUGGACCAAGGACUGUAUUGAAAAUUUUGGAAUCUGACAGUUGUAAAGAUUCUGAAAUCACAGGAUGCCGCUGACUGGAACCAUGUUAAACAAACCAGUGCUUUUGGAAUCCCUGAUUGUGUUCAUCAUUGUGUUGUGUGUGCACAUGGUAGUUUGGGACCGGUAUUCCUGGUGUGCUAUCGCUCUUGCUGUUCAGGCUUUUUAUGUCCAAUUUAAAUGGGACCGUCUACUCCGACUGGGUGGGGCCGUAUUCCAAUUUCGGACGACAGCUAACAGUGGCCUCCUACCAGCUAGUAUGGUCAUCCCACUCCUGGGGAUUGUGAUGAAGGAGAGAUGCAAAGCUGCUGGCAUUGUGUACUUUGAACGUUUGGGCAUAGUUGUGGCCUCCACGGGCAUGGUGCUAGCCCUCUUCCUAUCUGUAAUAGCAGUUGGCAUCACAAGGCCUGUGCCAACUAACACCUGCAUACUUUCAGGCAUUGCUGGCAGUAUAAUCCUCUAUACCAUGAAGUAUUCUUUAACCGUUUCUGAAGUGAUAGAGAUUCUGGAAGUGCUGCUUAUUUUUGUCUACCUCAGUAUGAUCUUGCUCUAUCUGUUGCCUCGAUGUUUUACUCCUGGGGAAGCAUUACUAGUCCUUGGGGGUAUAAGUUUCAUCCUCAAACAGCUCAUUAAACGCUCACUGAAUGUGACAGAGGGCAGAACGGAUCCUGUAGACUUCGUCCUUCUAGUGGCCGUGGCUGGGGUGGUCCUUCUGGGGAUUUUCUUCACUGCUCUCUUCUUCUUCAUGGAUUCAGGAACCUGGACAUCCUCUAUGUUUUUCCACAUGAUGACAGCAGUGCUGGGACUGGGGGUCCUCAUGCCUUGGCUUUACCAUCUGAUCCAAAGGAAUCCCUUGCUCUGGUUGCUCCGGUUUCUGGUUCAGACACAGACAAGAAUUUACCUCCUUGUGUACUGGACCCUGUUGGCUGCCUCUGCGUGCAUGGUGGUUCUUUACCAGAAUUCCAAGAGAUCAUCUGAAUCUAAAAAGCACCAAGCUUCAACCAUCACCAGAAAAUACUUUCACUUCAUUGUGGUGGCUACUUACGUCCCUGGGCUAAUUUAUGACCACCAGCUUCUCUACAUUGCUGCAGUGCUGUGUCUGGUAGUGUUUAUCCUUUUAGAGUACAUACGAUACUUCAGGAUCAAGCCAUUUGGCCAAACACUCAGGCACUUGCUCACUCUCUUUUUGGAUGAACGAGAUAGUGGACCUCUGAUCUUGACCCACAUUUACCUACUUGUUGGGAUGUCCCUGCCAGUGUGGUUGUUCCCCAGGCCUUGUGCUCCGAAAGGUACCCUAUCUGGGGCAGGAGCAUUGGUUCCCUACUCCGGGGUACUGGCGGUAGGGGUGGGAGACACAAUAGCCUCAAUUUUUGGCACUACAAUAGGGGAAAUCAAAUGGCCUGGGACAAAGAAGACAUUUGAAGGGACUAUGACUGCCAUCUUUGCUCAGAUCAUUGCUGUGGCUCUUAUUCUGAUCUUUGAUGGCAGAGUGAACCUGAACACCAGCUAUGCCUGGAUUUUGGGGUCCAUCAGCUUAAUUUCCCUUUUGGAAGCCUACACUACCCAAAUAGACAAUCUGCUCUUACCUCUCUACCUCCAGAUACUGCUCAUGGCUUAGAGACAUUGCCAGGAACAGACACUUCCUUUCUAGCUAGGGGUGGUAAUGAGCCAUGCAUCCCUGCUGAGAGAUCAAUAGAGCCAGUUUGGUACGAAAUGCUAUAUUUGGUAUAGCGGGUAGAACAGCUAAUGACAGAAAGGAAAUAGUUCUUCAACUCUUAAUUUACAAUAAAAGUAAAGGCUGCUGUU